AUGGACAUGUUGACGAUCAAGAUCUCACGCAUGAAGAUGGAGGCGUUGGAGCCGAUCCAGCAAACCCUGAGCGAGAUCGACAAACGGAUCCCCGACGCCCUGCGCGCCGCCUUGGGCCUCCGCAAACGGCGGGCCUCCAUCUUGUUGCCCGGCGACGCCUACGUCACCAGCUUCGUCGCGUCCUUUCAGCAGCCCUCUUCGCAACGACGCGACGCCGCCGCCGACGAGUCUCCGGUGGACAACGACGGGGCCGCCGAGCCGCGUGCUCCUCUGAGGAUGGACUGGGCCUCAUGCUACGCGCGCCACCACGACGAGGACGCGCACUUCGGGCACGAGGACGCCGGCGUCGUCGGCGUGGCGGACGGCGUGGGCGGGUACCGCAAGAACGGCGUGGACGCCGGCGCCUUCUCGCGCGGCCUCAUGACGAGCGCCUUCGAGCAGGUGCUGACGGCCGAGCCCGGCACGCCCGUCUGCCCCUACACUCUGCUGGAGCGGGCGUACGAGGAGACGGUCGCGUCCGCCGCGACCGGGCGAUCCACCGCGGUCAUCCUCUCGCUCGCCGGUACGGCUCUCAAGUGGGCCUACAUCGGGGACAGCGCCUUCGCCGUGUUCCGGGACGGCGCGCUCCUGCACCGUUCGCAGCGCCAGCAGAAGCGCUUCAACUGCCCGCUCCAGCUCAAUGGCCGCGGGAGCGGGGACAGCAUCACCCAGGCGGACGUCGGCGAGAUUGCUGUGAGGCACGGGGACGUCCUGGUGGUCGGCACGGACGGGCUCUUCGACAACGUCUUCGACGCCGACCUGGAGCGGCUCGUGCGGAUGGGCACCGCGCUCGGCUUCUCUCCCAAGAAUAUGGCGGACGUCGUCGCGGGCGUCGCCUACGAGAUAUCCAUGAGCGGCUCCACGGACUCGCCCUACAGCUCCGACAGCCGCAAGCUACGAGGAGACCGACGCCGCGGCGGGAAGCAGGAUGAUAUUACUGUCCUCGUCGCCUUCCUUAUCUAG